GUCGAUGGAUGGCUACUAUAAGGGCAGGCGUGUGUUAGAGUACAGGACCAUGGGGGACUUCACGAAAGGCCAAAACUUCGUGCAGCAUCUGUUACCCCACCCCUGGGCGGGAACCGGCCACGUGGUCUACAACGGGUCUCUCUAUUACAACAAGCACCAGAGCAACAUCCUGGUUCAGUACCAUUUCCGCUCUCGCAGUGUGUUACUCCAGCGUAGCCUAAGCGGUGCAGGAUACAACAACACCUUCCCCUACAGCUGGGGAGGAUCCUCUGACAUCGACCUCAUGGCAGAUGAGACAGGACUCUGGGCUGUCUACACCUCCAUCCCAAACGCUGGAAACAUUAUGGUCUGUCUCCAUUUUCUCUAACUUUCCUCCACAGAGACACAUGAG